AUGAGUUCGACGAUUACUCCCGUCACCGAGUGGCCCGACUACAAUGUCGAUCCCACCGGUGGUAACCCCGUGACUCAAGAUCUCAAUGCCCCAUACGACAAGGGAGACUUGUGCUGGCUGCUCGUCUGCACAAUUCUCUGCUGGCAGAUCACUCCCGCCAUCGGCUUCCUCUACGCGGGAAUGCACCGCCGAAAGGCGGCCUUGACCAUGGUCCUCCAGUCCCUGUUUUGCUCGUGCGCGUGCGGUAUUCAGUUCUGGAUCUAUGGAUAUUCGCUGUACCAGUCGAGGACUACGAAUCCCAUCUGGGGAGACAUGUCGCUUGCUGCGUUUCACAAUGUCCUUGCGCAGCCGUCCAUGGCCAACUCUGAUGUCCCCGAGAUUCUAUAUGCUGCCUUUGGCUUCACUUUCGUUUCCGCUACCGCCAUGAUUUUGGCCGGAGCUAUGCUAGAGCGUGGCCGUCUCCUCCCCAGCAUGGUGUUCCUGCUCUGCUGGACCACCUUUGUCUACUACAUCCUUGCAUACUGGGAGUGGAACCCCAGCGGUUGGCUCUACAAGCUCGGCCUCUACGAUUUUGCCGGAUCCGGUCCCGUUCACAUCGCCAGCGGCUUCGGCGCCCUCGCCUGGUCCAUGAUGCUCGGCCCCCGACUCUCCGAGUCCACCACGACGGACCGCAAGAAGGCGGUUCACUACAAGCCGCACAACCCUCUGCUCAUGUGCAUCGGCACCGUGUUUAUCUGGUUCGGAUGGUUCGCUUUCAACGGUGCUAGCACUGCCAACUUGAGUCUUCGAUCUAUCUACGUUGUGGUCAACACCAACUUUGCCGCUUGCGGUGGUGGCGUUGGUUGGGUCCUUCUCGACUACUUGUUCACACGCAAGUUCAGCCUGGUCGGUUUCUGCUCCGGCAUCAUUUCCGGUCUUGUUGGCAUUACUCCUGCUGCAGGUUUCACCCCCGUAUACGUCGCUUCCCUUAUUGGCCUCAUCACCUCCACCUUCUGUUACUUCACCGUCAAGUACAAAUAUCUCAUCGGCAUCGACGACGGCCUCGAUAUCUUUGCCAUCCAUGGUGUCGGAGGUGUUAUCGGCGACAUCCUCACCGGUCUCUUCGCCGCCCAGUUCGUCCCAGCUCUCGAUGGUGUUUCUGGUGACGCAUAUGCUGGUGGAUGGUGGGAGCACCAAUGGCGACAGCUUGGACUUCAGCUUGCUGGUGCCGUGACCUGCGCCGCCUGGUCCUUCUGCAUCUCGUGCCUUCUGCUCUUUGUCAUCAACAAGAUCCCUGGUCUGCACAUCCGUGCCAGCGAGGAGCAUGAGAUCCGUGGACUCGACUUCAAGUACCUCAGCGACGUGGACUGGGAGGAUCACUACAUGAAUGGUGGACUUACUCCCACAGAGGGUGUCUCAGGAGGCUCUACUUCGUCUCAGAGGAUGGUUGAGGAGACGGAUGUGGAGAAGAAGGUUGAUUGA